AUGCGGAACGGGGCCAGAAGCGAGCCAGCAGCUCUUUGUCUCCUACGCUUCGUGUCGGUGGCCCGCAGGGGUUACCUCUCCCACGAACCACAUCGGGCAUCUGCCUGUCCGUUCUGCGCUGUACGCGGCAUCGGUGAGGAAAGCUUAAUUCUUCUAGAUGGAAGACAUGAAUUUCCGUUCAGCUUUCAACUCCCUCAAGAACCUCUGGUGACCUCUUUUACUGGGAAGUAUGGCAGUAUUCAGUACUACGUGAAAGCAAUUCUGGAGAGGCCUGCAGCACCUGAUCAAAGUGUACAGACAGAGCUUCAGGUCAUUAGCCAUAUCGAUGUCAGCUCACCAGCUUUAUUGACACCUGUUCUAAGAAGUCAGGAGAAGAUGGUUGGCUGUUGGUUUUUCACCUCUGGGCCAGUGUCUCUCAGUGCCAAAAUUGAGAGGAAGGGAUACUGUAAUGGGGAAGCCAUACCAAUCUAUGCAGAAAUUGAGAACUGCUCUUCUCGUUUGAUUGUUCCAAAAGCUGCCAUUUUCCAAACGCAAACUUACCUGGCCAGUGGGAAGACAAAAACUUUCCGUCAGAUGGUUGCCAAUGUCCGAGGAAACCACAUUGCCUCUGGGAGUACAGAUACCUGGAAUGGGAAAACUCUGAAAAUCCCACCUGUAUCCCCCUCUAUACUUGACUGCUGUAUUAUUAGAGUAGAAUAUUCAUUAGCUGUGUAUAUCCAUAUUCCCGGUGCUAAGAAAUUGAUGAUUGAAAUGCCUCUGGUGAUUGGCACUAUCCCAUGUAUUGGAUUUUCAAGCAGAAACUCCAGCAUUACCAGCCAGUUUAGUAUGGAUAUGAGUUGGCUGGCAUUGACGAUGCCAGAACACCCUGAAGCACCACCAAAUUAUGCUGAUGUAGUGUCUGAGGAAGAGUUCUCCAGACAUGUUCCUGCUUAUCCACCACCAAUUGACUGUGAGGAACAAUUGUGUUGUCCUGUCUUUGCUUACAUACAAGAGUUCCGGUUUCAGCCUCCACCUCUUUAUUCAGAGAUUGAUCCACAUCCAACUGAUGUAGAAGAAAUUCAGCCCAUUUCAUUCAUGCUCUGAAGAGGAUUUGUAAUGAGCAUCAUUGUGAUGAAUGUCUUAAUCUUUCUGCUGCUUAAGCUGAUAGUGCAGCUAAAAAGGAAAGUUUUCUUUUUCAAAACUUAAGUUUGUGUACAAGAAAGGCAAAGGAGAAUGGAGAGGGAGGUAUGAGCAUGUUUGGUGAUGGAAGAGAAUCUGCCGGAUUAGUCUGCACAAGAGGAUAUUGUGGGAGCAGCAAUGUUUGGGAUACUUGAGAAGUACCUGAAAAUACUGAAUGCUUUCUAAAA